UGUGCCCCGUCGGGCGUUCGUGUUGCAUGGCACCAACGGCAUCGCCUCCUCACUAUAAGGGGUUGCCCCGGGAUUUCUGCGUAUAACAAUACUUUGUCCGGAACAUGUGCCGAAGGUUUAUGGAACGCAGGGCAAAUCGUCAGGCGUCAUCGUGGGGUGUACCUGUAAUUAUCUAGCCUUGAGGCUCUUUAAUCUACGCUAUAUAAGCAACGUCCAGGUUGCGGCUUAAGACGACUUAGACAUCUUGGAUACUGUCCAGUUUUGUUAGACAGAAAUUAAAGACUUCAGUGUAACAACGUGUUGAAAAUGUGGUAUGCGAUUGCAAAGCCAAACGAAUAUCUCGUGCUCACUGGAGCCGGGAUAGACGAUAUUCGCAUUUGCAAGAAAGCUAUAGUACUCCCCUUCCAGCGAUGUGAGAGGAUCUCUGUGACGCCCUUUGAUUUGGCGCUCAAUCUUCAGGCCAUGACUAUGGAAAAGCUUCAAUUUUCAUUGCCGGCAGUGUUCACUAUCGGAGCCGACAAUGAAAUGGAGGCACUCAAAGAUUACGCUCGGCUCCUUGCAGAGAACUCCGACGACAAAACUAAUGUCCAGAAAAUUGUGAAAGGCAUUAUCGAAGGUGAAACUCGAGUCAUCGUUUCCAGCAUGUCCAUGGAGGAAGUUUUCAAGGAAAGGCAGAUUUUCAAAAACAAAGUGAUUGAGAACGUGCAAAAAGAACUUCAGCAAUUUGGCCUGCGAAUUUACAACGCCAAUGUCAAGGAGCUCCAGGACACUCCCGGCAGCGAAUACUUCAGCAUCCUAAGCCAAAAAGCGCACGAAGGAGCUCUUAACCAAGCAAAGAUCGAUGUUGCUGAGGCACGGAUGAAAGGUGAGAUUGGAGAGGCAGAGAAAAAGGGCAAAAUGAAGCAGGAGAUCUCCAAAAUUGAUGCCGAUACUGCUGUCCUGGAGACGAAACGGAGAGCCGAAAAAGCCAAGGCGGAUUCCGAGCUCAUGAAUCGUCAGACUGAGCUCGAUGCCAGUGUUCAAAUCAGCAAGAUUACAACCAAGCGCCAGACGGAGAUGAAAGAUGCAGAGCUGCAGAAACAAGUGGAGUCCAAGCGUGCCGAAACCGAACUGGAACGUCUUAGAGCCAGUGAGGUCACUAAAAGCAAGGUUGCGCGCGAGUCUGCACAGGAGAAUGCAGAUGCCGCUUACUAUACGGAACAGAAAGCAGCUGAUGCGCGGUUGUAUAAACAAAAGAUGGAUGCAGAUGCAGCCUAUUAUCGUCAAAGCAAAGAGGCCGAUGCUGCCCUUUAUCAGCAAAAGCGCGAAGCUGAAGGAAUUCUGGAGAUGUCUAAGGCAUACGGUGCCCUUAUUGACGUCCUCGGAGGACCUCAAGCCUUCCUACAGUUCAGAAUGAUGGAGAAUGGUACAUAUGAGAAGUUAGCCAAGGCCAACGGCGACGCUAUCAGAGGACUAUCACCCAAGAUCUCAGCAUGGAACACCGGAGAGGGCUCUGGAGAUGCAAUGGCCCCCGUCCGAAAUAUCAUGCAAAACCUUCCGCCUCUUCUCACCACCAUCCACGACCAGACCGGCAUCAGCCCGCCAUCCUGGUUGGGCCAGAUGCCUGUGAAUGGUGAAGUCAACAAACGAAAGUAAGAGACUAUCCACCCGGGAAACUGAAGCUUUAUACGCGACUCCUCCUGGCAUAUGACCAAGGGGAGAUAUAACGAUUAUUCCACAAGUCACUCAACCAUCUUUUCGAUUUACCAUUCCAUUUUAUCGAUUUUUUUGCAGUCCUUGCUUUUUCUCUUUGCUUCUCUUUUCCUUUUUCGUAAUACCCACUGUCUUUCUUAGGUCAAUAUCGAAGGUUUUUAUGUUUCUGGGGUAAUGGGUAAUGUAUGUUAGUACAAGAAAUCAAGUAUUAUAUCAAUCUUUUUUUUU